CCUGGCUCUUCUUCUUUCUCUUCUUCUUCCUCCUCUUUCCCUCUAUAUUAUACCCUUCAUUUCCUGGCAAUUCGGUUGCUCUGCCUUCCAUCCUGCCACCCCUCCCUGCUACGAGACCUUAAGCUUGCCACCUAACCUCUCUCGGCACCCGCUCGAACCCUUGUUUGUUGUCCCUUAUUCGGACUAGUUGCGGAGGGUUCAAUUCGUCCCUCUACCACUCUCGCGGUCGCUUUUCUCUCCUACCUUCGACUCUAUCUAUUCUCGCCAUGGCACAAAUCCGUGGCACUGCAGGCUACAAUUUCGGCCACCAGAACCCCUUUGGGGGUCCUGGUCGGGUAGAGGCAACGAGCGAUCCCAGUCCCCUGGAUGCUGUCCGCGAACAGACGAGCAAAAUUGAGGAUUGGCUGGACACAAUGUCCGACCCUGUCAAGCCGUAUCUGCCAGCCAUUGGUCGCUUUCUGAUCGUCGUCACCUUCAUUGAGGACAGUCUACGCAUGAUUACCCAAUGGAACGACCAACUCUUAUACCUUCGUGAUUACCGGAAGAUUCCCUGGGGAGUCACGCAUACCUUCCUUAUCGUCAACAUGAUCGCAAUGGCAGCUUGCUCGUUCAUGGUCAUUGCCCGUAGACACACGGAGUACGCUGUUGGCGGUCUCUUGGCUGUCGUCAUUGUUCAGGGUCUCGGUUACGGAUUGAUCUUCGACCUCAACUUCUUCCUCCGCAACCUGAGUGUCGUCGGUGGCUUGCUCAUGGUUCUCUCCGACUCGUGGGUGCGCAAGAAGUUCGUCCCCGCCGGUCUUCCCCAGCUCGAUGAGAAGGAUCGCAAGAUGUACGUCCAGUUCGCUGGUCGUGUGCUGUUGAUCUUCCUCUUCAUCGGGUUCGUUUUCUCGGGCCAGUGGAGUCUCUGGCGCAUCAUUGUCAGCCUGUUCGGCUUCGUCGCGUGUGUCAUGGUCAUUGUUGGCUUCAAGGCCAAGUGGAGUGCUAUCAUGCUGGUUGUGUUGCUGAGUGUGUUCAACGUCCUGGUCAACAACUUCUGGACUCUUCACCCCCACCACCCUCACAAGGACUUCGCCAAGUACGACUUCUUCCAGAUCCUGUCCAUUGUCGGAGGUCUUCUCCUCCUGGUCAACAUGGGCCCCGGCCAAUUGAGUAUGGACGAGAAGAAGAAGGUCUACUAAAGGAAAACAAACACCAUCCACGAAACCAUUGAGUGCUGGGCAUGUGAUAUGAUAUUCCCGGGGCCAUGGGACAGGGACCCUACUAUAUGAAACCCUUAUUUUUGCUUUCCCUCUCAUCUUCCUCUCGUGCUUUUUUACUCUUUUUGGGACAGAGAAAAAAAAACAAUCUAUUGUCCAGUCA